UGCGUGAAGGAGGAGAGAAGAAGAAAGGAGGAGGAGGAGGAGGAGGAGGAGUAGGAGUGGAGGAGUUUUCGCGCACUGUGACGGAACACAAAAAAAAGUCCCCAAGUGGAUUCAACUUUUUUCACCGCCGGUUUCAUAAUUCGGCACAACACCGGACUUUCCUUCUUCGCCUUCGGACUUUGGGAUUUAACCAGCGGCGGACUUUGGGAUUUAACCAGGGGCGGACUUUGGGACGAGACAAGGUUUCUAGUGUGGAGCUCGACAAGAUGAGAUGAUGGACCCUGCUGAUGUUUCCACCAUGUUUGGGUCCACUUCCACGGGAGAACCGCGCCGCUGGCUCCUCACGCUCGCCGCCUUCCUGUCCGUCGUGGGGCCGACGAAGGUGUGCGGCGCCGCAGAUUUGGCGUUCAUGGAGAAUCCGGCGGCCGUGGUGUCGUCUCUGGGUCGCCCAGUGAGGCUGCAGUGCAAGCUGAGGGCCGCGUGCGACGAUGAGGAGGAACGUCCCGACGUGGAGUGGCUGAAGGAUGGCGUUCCGCUUCGCACCGCCGAGACCGACCGACUGGAGUUGCCAAAUGGCCACCAGCAGUGGGUGGUGGCAAGCAUGCUCAGGAUCGACAACGUCCAGCUCGGGGACAUGGGCAGCUACCAGUGUGCUGCUCAGGCACAAGGCCAGAAGGUCUUGUCUAAGGAGGGAAGCAUCCUAUUGGAGGGUCUUCCUCACUUUUCCACUGAACCUCAGCACAUGUCCGUGGUGGCCAACGAACCGCUGAGUCUGAGUUGCGUGGCCCACGGCCCGCCAGAGCCCGUCAAAGUCAUCUGGCUGCAGGACGGCGCUCCUCUGAACACCCUGGAUGACCCGGUGGCCUUGUCUCCCUCCAUGCUCAACCUCACAGGUUUGAACCGGACCAGCACUUUCUCCUGCGAGGCCCAGAACAACAAGGGCGUGGCCGCCUCCGGAUCGGGCACCGUCACCGUGCUGCCGUCGCCGCCUUGCCACCUGAGGGCCGCUAACGUCACGCCGACCAGCCUCCUCUUGUCAUGGCGGCCUGGCUUCGGGGGCGACUACCCGGUGGUGCGCUGCUCCGUGCAGACCUCGUCCGGGGACGCAGACGAGAUCAUCCACAACCAGAACCUCAACAUCCCGCCGGCCGAGCUCCUCUUGGAGGAUUUGGAGCCGCACAGCGACUACGCCUUCAGGGUGUCGUGCCACAGCAGCCAGGGGCCGUCCGACUGGUCGCCCUGGGUCCAGGUGCACACGGCAGAAGGAGUCCCGGACAACCCUCCAGACAACGUGACGGCGCUGCUGAACGGGACCAUGCUCCAGCUGGUCUGGGAGAGACCGGCAGGAAAACUGAACGGGGACCUCCAGGGCUUCUUGGUGGUCUACAGCACGCCCAGCAUGCAGGAGGCGCUUGUGGUCGACGUGGGCCCUGACACGCAGCUGUCAAUCAACCUGUCCGUCCCGCUCAGCAACAUCACCUAUCAGCUGUGUGCCUACACGGGGGCGGGGGAGGGUCCCUGGAUGGCGCCGCAGACCCUGGCGCUCGUCUCUCCUGAGUUUCGAGGACUGUCUUCGCCACCAGCCUUCUCCUGGCACUGGUGGUACGUGGUGAUGGCCGCCACCGGCGCCGUGGCCCUGUCCGUGCUCAUGGGCGUCUACGUGGGCAAGCUGCGGAAAAAGCAGAUGCGCUUCGGUGAUGCCUUCCAGCCCAUCAUGGAGAGCGGGGAGCUGGUGGUCCGCUACCGAGCACGCCGCUCCUACAGCCGCAGGUCCACUGAGGCCACGCUGAACAGUUUGGGCAUCAGUGAUGAUCUGAAGCAGAAGCUGCAGGAUGUGAUGGUGGAUCGACACAAGCUGACUCUGGGAAAGACGCUGGGAGAAGGAGAGUUUGGCUCAGUGAUGGAAGGCCAGCUGACUCAGGAAGAUUGUGUCCUGCGUGUGGCCGUCAAGACCAUGAAGAUCGCCAUCUGCACGCGCUCAGAAAUGGAGGACUUCCUGCGAGAGGCCGUCUGCAUGAAGGACUUUGACCACGCCAACGUCAUGAGGCUGCUGGGUGUGUGUCUGCAGACGGUGGAGAGCGAGGGCUACCCUUCCCCCGUGGUCAUCCUGCCCUACAUGAAGCAUGGCGACCUGCACAGCUACCUUCUCUACUCACGCCUGGGAGACUGUCCUGUGUACCUUCCUGCCCAGAUGCUGGUCAAGUUCAUGGCCGACAUCGCCCGCGGCAUGGAGUACCUGAGCAGCAAGAACUUUAUCCACAGAGACCUCGCCGCACGCAACUGCAUGCUGAACGAGAACAUGAACGUGUGCGUGGCAGACUUCGGUCUGUCCAAGAAGAUCUACAACGGAGACUACUAUCGGCAGGGUCGCAUCUCCAAGAUGCCCGUCAAGUGGAUCGCCAUCGAGAGUUUGGCGGACAGAGUCUACACCAGCAAGAGUGAUGUGUGGUCCUUUGGUGUCACCAUGUGGGAGAUCGCCACCAGGGGGCAGACUCCCUAUCCCGGUGUGGAGAACAGUGAGAUCUACGACUAUUUACGGCAGGGCAAUCGUCUCAAGCAGCCUCCCGACUGUCUGGACAGCAUCUACGCUCUGAUGUUCUCCUGCUGGCUGUUGAGUCCAAAAGAUCGUCCGUCCUUCGAGGUUCUGCGAGGUGAGUUGGAGAAGACUUUGGAGGAGCUGCCAGACUCCCAGGACCCUGAGGAGAUCCUCUACGUCAACAUGGACGACUCCUGCGCGGAGGUGGAGGCGGAAGCGGGGGCGGCGGGAGGCUCCUCCCCCUUGUGCCUGAAGGGUCUGGAGAGCACGGCGGUGGAGGUGCAUCGCCCCAACCGCUACGUCUUGUGUCCCCAGCACGCCUCCCUGGAGAGUCUGGACACGCCCACUUCCUCCCUGCCACUCAGACACCACAGCUCAGAGCUGCUGGAGGACUCGCAAAAAGUUCCCUGGCAGUGAUCCCGUUGUCACGGCAACCACAGCUGAAGAACUUUUUCUCCAAGCAGCAAACCACCGCAGGUUCGAUUCCUCGCAGCAGAAGCACAGCAACUUUUUGAUACGCUCAUUUUUCUACUUUUUGCACUUUUUAUACGAAACUUUGUUCCCGCUUUGGUUCCACAUGGAGGAGAUGUAAGUGGGUGUGACGGUGCGACAUCAUUGCUUGCUAAAACUCUUUUCAGGCUUUUUAAAUACAGCGUGACAAAAAUGCUUCCCUCCAAGAAAUGUUGGAAGUGGAAAACUAAUCGGUUCGUGGCUGCAAGACGAUUCGCCCUCACUGCAACUACGUAUCAUACUAUAAAAUAAGGGACAAAUCUAUUUUAAGUCAAAUUACAUCUAUUUUAAUUGACAAUACAUCUAAUUAAAGUUAAAUUACAUCUAUUAUAAGUGGUGUUAAGUGACAUUACAUCUAUUUUAAGUCAAAUUACAUCCAUUUUAAGUGACAUUACAUCUAUUUUAAGUCAAAUUACAUCUAUUUAAAGUGACAUUACAUCUAUUUCAAGUCAAAUUACAUCCUUUUCAAGUGACAUUACAUCUAUUUUAAGUCAAAUUACAUCUAUUAUAAGUGGCAUUGAGUGACAUUACAUCUAUUUCUAAGUGACAUUACAUUUAUUUUAAGUAGCAUUACAUUUUAAGGGACAUUACGUCUGUUUUAAGUGGCAUUAAGUAACAUUACAUUUGUUUUAAGUCACAUUACAUCUAGUUCAAGUCCAAUUACAUCUGUUUUAAGUCAAAUUACAUCUAUUUUGAUUGACAUUACAUCUGUUUUAAGUGACAUUACAACUAAUUAAAGUCAAAUUACAUCUAUUUUAAAUGACAUUACAUUUAUUUUAAGUCAAAUUACAUCUAUUUAAGGUGACAUUACAUCUAUUUUAAGUCAAAUUACAUAUAUUUUAAGUGACAAUACAUCUAUUUUAAGUCAAAUUAUAUCUAUUAUAAGUGGCAAAGUAACAUUACAUCUAUUUCGAAGUGACAUUACAUCUAGUUCAAGUCAAAUUACAUCUCUUUUAAGUGACAUCACAUCUAUUUCAAAUCAAAUGACAUCUAUUAUAAGUGGCAUUAAGUGACAUUACAUCUAAUUCAAGUCAAAUUACAUCUAUUUUAAGUAGCAUUACAUAUUAAUGAACAUUACAUCUAUUUUAAGUGACAUUACAUCUUAUUAUAUUUGGUCAGUUUCUUAUUGGUUGAAGUGAGGCUCGGUCGUGUGCUUAAUAGCAGACAAAUAUUUUAAAAACAUUAUUUUACCCGCUAUGUAGUGACACAGCAAUAUUUACAACACAACGACUGUGUACUCAGGCUUACAUUUUGGUACUUAACACAUGUUAGCAUGCUAUCAUUAACAUGCAAAUGGUUAACUUUUUUUGGUGCUAAUUUUAAAGUUUCAGAGUUAUAUACUUUGGUACUUGACACAUGCUAAUGUUUACAUGCUAACUAUUUUUGAUUAUUUUGCAAGCAUACACCUUGUCACGCCAAAUUUCUUCCCCCCUACAAAAACCUUCCCCCCGGAAGAAAUUUGGCGUGACAGCCCCUCUAAUGCUUGAAGGACCCCAAUGAGGGUGGAAGGACCUUAAAGCAGCCCACACAGCUGCCUGUUUUAAAAGCAUUAUAAUUGGCUGAUUGUCAUUGGUGUGAAAUAACGGUGAGGUAAAAAUUUUAGCAUUCCAGCAUGCUAACCUUUCAAGCUAUUUUUGCUUCGCUAAUUUUGCAGCUGUAACUCUUAAGAGUCAUAUAACGUGGUAUUGUCACGCCCUCAUUGGGGUUUCUUCAGGCAUUAGAAGGGCUGUCACUGCAAAUUUCUUUUGGGGGGAAGGUUUUUGUAGGGAGGAAGAAAUUUGGCGUGACAGCCUCAAAGUCAUAUACUUAGCAUGCUAACAUUAGCAUUGGUGAAGUACUUUGGUACUUCACCAAUGCUAAUGUUAGCAUGCUAGCUUUUUUUUUAAAGUCAUUUUACAGGUAUACAUUGUACUUGACACAUGUUAAUUAGCACAAAAAACCUAGCAUACUAACAUUAGCAUGCCAACGUUUUUGAUGACUCUACAGGCAUACUCGUACUUUAAUACUUCACACAUUAUUGUUAGCAUGCUAGCUUUUCUUUAAAGCUCAUUUUACAAUUAUACAUUUGUGUUCUUGACACAUGCUAACUUUACCAUCCUAGCUUUUUUUUGGGUUAAUUUUACAGGUCUACAUUUCAGUCAUAUAUUUUGGUACUUCACACAUACUAAUGUUAGCACGCUAGCUUUUUUUUUGUGCUAAUUUUACCAGCAUACACCUCAGUCAAAUACUUUGGCUCUCGACGCAAGCUUAGCCCUUUUAGUAGCUUUUAGUCAUGUAUUUUGGUAUUUGACACAUUUUAACUAUUAACAUGCUGAAGUUUUUCGCAAUGAAGCUUGUAGCUGAACAACGCUUUGGUCGUGUUUCGCUGCGACUAACAACGGAAGGAUUUCAAACUCUGACCUCUCCUUGGAAUCUGGCGGCCAAGGUCUAGGACAGUGGUUCUUAACCUUGUUGGAGGUAUCGAACCCCACCAGUUUCAUAAGCACAUUCACCGAACUCUUCUUUAGUGAAAAAUAAAAUGUGUUUUUUUUCCAAUUCAAGUCAAAGUUAGAUGUUUUUGGUAACACUUUAGUAUGGGGAACAUAUUCUAAGUAACAAAGACUUGAGUUGGAGUUUUUUGGACACAAGGGGAACAUAUUCGCAGUAACAAAGACUUAAUUUUGAGUUAUUUGGUUAGGGUUAGAGCAGGGGUGUCAGACUCAAAUACAGAGUGGGCCCAAAUUUAAAAGUAAACAAAGCCGCGGGCCAAGGUUGAACAAAUGAACCCUUUAAUAGGGGUCCAAACAAGUUUUGCAUUGAAUAUUGAACAAGCAAGGCUUAUAUAACUUUAUAGUGACAUGCAAAAUCCAGUUUCAAAUAAUAAUAAUUCGAAAAUAUCAAUAGCAUAUCAAAUUAAAUAAAUACACAAAUUUAAUGCCUUUUUUCGGCGGCGGGUUUGGUGGUAGCAGGGGUGUAUAUUGUAGCGUCCCGGAAGAGUUAGUGAUGCAAGGGGUUCUGGGUAUUUGUCCGAUUGUGUUUAUGUUGUGUUACGGUGCGGAUGUUCUCCCAAAAUGUGUAUGUCAUUCUUGUUUGCUGUGGGUUCACAGUGUGGCGCAUAUUUGUAACAAUAUUAUUGUCCAGGUGGAAAUCGGGAGGGGCACUGAACUUCGGGAGUCUUCCGGGAAAAUUGGGAGGGUUGACGAGUAUGAGUAUUAGCGGUGAAUGUGGUGUUACAGCGGCACCGACGCUGUAUAACAGCGGCGGGCCAGCUCUAAUGCUAAAUUGAUAUUGCCUCAAGGGCCAAAUGAAAUUACACGAGAGUUUUACACCCAUGGGUUGGAUCAGGGGUAGGGAACCUAUUGCUCUAGAGCCAAAUGUGGCUCUUUUGAUGACUGCAUCUGGCUCUCGGAUAAAUCUUAGCUGACAUUGCUUAACACGAUAAGUAAUGAAUAAUUCCGCUGGUAAUCACAGUGUUGAAAAUAAUGUUCAAAUUAUAAAACAUUCUCAUGCAUUUUAAUCCAACCAUUUGUUUUCUGUCGCACCUGUUCAAGAUGUUGCAUUAAUAGCCAGAAGUAUUAUAUUUAUUAUUGGUUAACUUUAGAUUUUAGAAUAACAAUGUUAUUAAAAAGAAUAAGAGACUUAUUAUACUCUAAAAAUGUUGGUUUUGCUUAAAAAUGCACGCAUUUAGUUGUAUUCAGUGUUAAAAAAUAUGAUAUGGCUCUCACGGAAAUACAUUUUGAAAUAUUUGGCUUUCAUGGCUCUCUCAGCCAAAAAAGGUUCCCGACCCCUGGUUUAGAGGGUUAGGGUUAUAAUGAGGCCAUGUCGAAUAAGGCAUUAAUAAGUACGUAAUAAUGACUAGUUAAGAGCCAAUAUGUUACUUAUGUGCAUGUUAAUAAGCAACUAAUUAAUAGUGAAUAUGUUCCCCAUACUAAAGUGUUACCAUGUUUUUGUACUGGUGCACAAAAAGAACCGUGCAUGAACAUCACCUUGUUCAAACAACAAAACCAACACAGUGCAUAAACUCACAACAAAUGACACACCUGCAAAUCAGUGUGACUUCUGCUGUUGCCGUAUCCGUAAUACGCCGAUAGGGAGAAGUUUUUUGUUACACGAUGAGUCUGGUGUGUCUUGACCUCCGCCGAACCCUUGAGCCCGACUCACCGAACCCUUAGGGUUCGAUCGAACCCAGGUUAAGAACCACUGUUCUAGGAGGAGUCGUCGUACUGUCACACCCCGAGUUGGAGAGCUUCCUGCUCCUUGGAAAAGAAGACAGGAAGUUGUCAACAAGGCACUUAUUGACUGUAAAUAUUGUGGUCUGGUGAGAAGAAGUGAGCUUCAUGUUGAAUGUGGACUGAAGUGCCUUCGCCUUUAUUGUGUCACUUCUUAUAAACUUGGCCUUUUCUACAAA